CCUCUACAGAUAUACACGAAAUCCAUUCCGAUACUAUAGCCUCUACUGAACAAGGCACUCGGUUCGCCAUUAAUAACUAUGGAUCGUCAAUCAGUCUAUACCCUUUCUGUGCUCCCUGCCGAAUUUGGGGAUGACGAUAGCCGCAGACGGUCCAACGUCCAGCAGCAGCUGGUAGACUUCGUCCUCGACUUCCAUAUCGACAAUAUCUUCAUCUACAGAGAUCAGAUCCGGGAGAAUGUCCUCGUCAAGCAAUACUACUGCAACAUUGACAUCGCUCAUCUCAUCUCCUACAAUGAGGAGUUGGCACAUCGCAUGAAUGCCGAGCCGGCAGAGAUUAUCCCAAUCUUCGAGGCCGCCCUUAAACACUGCACUCAACGAAUCGUAUACCCCUCCCAGCGAGAUAUCCAACUUCCCGAACACCAGCUGCUUCUCCACUCGAGCGCCUCCCAGAUUUCCAUCCGCGAUCUCAACGCCGACAACGUUUCACGACUAGUUCGAAUCCCUGGCAUCAUCAUCGGUGCAUCGACGUUGUCCUCGAAAUCCACGAGACUAAGCAUCCAAUGCCGAGACUGCCAACACACGUCCAACGUCGCGGUCAACAGCGGGUUCUCGUCCACGAACUUACCUCGAGUCUGCCUUAGAGAAAGGAUCGAAGGUGAUAAGUCGGACCGAUGCUCCAUGGACCCCUACUUCGUGGUGCACGAGAAAUGCCAGUUUAUCGACCAGCAAGUUCUGAAGCUACAAGAAGCACCGGAUCAGGUCCCGGUCGGAGAACUUCCGCGACACAUCUUAAUCUCGGCGGACCGAUACUUGACCAAUAGAGUUGUUCCUGGGUCAAGAUGCACUGUCAUGGGUGUCUUCUCCAUAUACCAAUCGAAGGGAUCGAAGAGCUCUACAUCAGGUGCUGUUGCCAUUCGGAAUCCUUACAUACGAGCAGUGGGCAUCCAGACCGAUGUCGACCACACGAUGAAAGGAAACGUCAGUUACACCGAGGAGGAAGAGCAGGAGUUUCUAGAAAUGAGCCGGCGGCCAGACCUAUAUGAAGUCUUCGCAAACUGCAUUGCUCCGUCGAUCUACGGCAACAGCGACAUCAAGAAAGCCAUUGCCUGCUUACUGAUGGGAGGAUCCAAGAAGAUUCUUCCGGACGGCAUGAGACUUCGUGGAGACAUCAAUGUGCUUCUACUCGGUGACCCUGGUACCGCGAAGUCUCAGCUUCUGAAGUUCGUCGAGAAGGUUGCCCCGAUUGCAAUCUACACCUCCGGCAAAGGCUCGUCCGCCGCUGGUCUUACGGCGUCCGUGCAGAGAGACAGUACCACCAGGGAGUUCUAUCUGGAAGGAGGAGCCAUGGUUCUCGCCGACGGUGGUGUCGUUUGCAUCGACGAAUUCGACAAGAUGCGCGAUGAAGACCGCGUGGCCAUCCACGAAGCGAUGGAGCAGCAGACCAUCUCCAUCGCCAAAGCCGGCAUCACCACCAUUUUGAACGCGAGGACCAGUGUGCUGGCGGCUGCGAAUCCCAUCUUCGGCCGGUAUGAUGAUAUGAAGACGCCCGGGGAGAACAUCGACUUCCAGACGACCAUCCUGUCGCGAUUCGAUAUGAUCUUCAUUGUACGGGAUGAGCACGAACGGGGCCGUGACGAGCGGAUCGCGAAGCACGUCAUGGGUAUUCAUAUGGGUGGUCGAGGCGUGGAAGAGCAAGUCCAGGCCGAAAUCCCGGUCGAUAAGAUGAAGCGGUAUAUCAGCUACUGCAAACAGAAAUGUGCACCGCGCCUCUCUGCCGAAGCCGCCGAGAAGCUCUCCUCUCACUUCGUCUCCAUCCGCCGGCAAGUCCACGCCGCUGAGCUCACCGCCAACGCCCGCUCCUCCAUUCCCAUCACCGUCCGCCAACUGGAAGCCAUCGUCCGCAUCAGCGAAUCCCUCGCCAAACUACGCCUCUCCCCCAUCGCCACUGAAGCGCACGUCGACGAAGCCAUCCGCCUCUUCCUGGCCAGCACCAUGGACGCCGUGGCGCAAGGCGAGGGCCAUGCGUCGAAGGAGAUGAUGGACGAGGUCGGGAAGGUAGAGGAUGAACUGCGGAGACGGUUGCCGAUUGGGUGGAGCACGAGUCUGGCGACGUUGCGGAGGGAGUUUGUGGAGGGGAGGGGGUACACGGAGCAGUCGUUGAAUCGCGCAUUGGUCGUGCUCCAGAGAAGGGAGACGGUCCAACUGAGGCAUGGGGGGAGUCAAGUCUACCGGAGCGGGGUGUAAACGAAGAUGGAAUUGGCGUACGGUGCUGAUUUGAUGAUUGGUUUUGUCGGUCAGCGAUGAUUGAUGCUACAUUUUGGAAGGGAUACCACUUGUUAUGUACAUGCACCUACAGUGUGGGAGAGCACAAUGAGAGGAUGUCGCGAUGACGACUAAGGAUGUAUUUCAGGUGCUAGAACCUUUUGUCCCCUUAGGGUAAUCUACCGGAUAGUGUUUUGUUGCAAAGGUCUAUAGCCAUGCAACAAGGAUAAAUAUAGCGUACCUCAUAC